AUGGAUACCUACCAGACUCCGUUAACAAGCCGAUAUGCGUCCAAAGAGAUGUGCCAGCUCUUUUCCAGCGGUACCCGGUUCGGAACAUGGAGGAAACUCUGGUUGAACCUCGCCAUCGCCGAAAAGGAACUCGGACUGCCCAUCUCCGACUCGGCCAUCGAGCAGAUGAAGGCCAACUUGGAUUUGGACGAGGAACAGUUCAAGAUCGCCGCUGUCGAGGAGAAGAAGAGGAGGCACGAUGUGAUGGCGCACGUUCACACUUUUGGGGUCGUCGCGCCUGAUGCUGCUGGGAUCAUUCACUUGGGAGCUACUUCGUGUUACGUCACCGACAACGCCGACCUGAUUUUCUUGCGAGACGGGCUCGACAUCCUCCUCCCCAAGCUCGCCACGGUCAUCUCCCGUCUUUCCGAGUUCGCCCAGACCUACCGGGACCUCCCCACCCUCGGUUUCACUCACUUCCAGCCCGCCCAAUUGACCACCGUCGGCAAGCGAGCUACCCUGUGGAUCCAGGAACUCUUGUGGGACUUGAGGAACCUCGAACGUGCGAGGAACGAUAUCGGUUUCCGAGGCGUCAAGGGGACCACGGGGACUCAGGGGAGCUUCUUGGCCCUCUUUGACGGGGACCACGACAAGGUCGAAGCGCUCGACAAGCGGGUGACCGAGUUGUCCGGGUUGCCCUAUGCUUACCCGGUCACCGGGCAGACUUAUUCGAGAAAGAUCGAUGCGGACGUUUUGGGACCUUUGGCUAGUUUCGGAGCCACCGUCCACAAGAUUUGCACCGACAUUCGUCUGUUGGCCAACUUGAAAGAGGUCGAGGAGCCUUUCGAGAAGGACCAGAUCGGUAGUUCUGCCAUGGCCUACAAGAGGAACCCCAUGCGAUCCGAGCGUGCUUGUUCUUUGGCUAGGCAUCUGAUGGUCUUGCAACAGGACGCUCUGAUGACCAGCAGCGUGCAGUGGUUCGAGCGAACCCUCGACGACAGUGCCAACCGUCGUAUCGCAAUCCCCGAGGCUUACCUCACGGCCGACACCCUGCUCAUCAUCCUUCAAAACAUUUCCGAGGGUAUGGUCGUCUACCCCAAGGUCAUCGCUCGUCGGAUAUCACAAGAGCUUCCCUUUAUGGCCACCGAGAACAUCAUCAUGGCCAUUGUCAAGCACGGUGGGGAUCGUCAGGAUUGUCACGAAAAGAUCCGGGUCUUGUCCCACGAGGCUGGAGCCGUCGUCAAAGAGCAAGGAGGCGAGAACGACCUGAUCGAGCGGGUCAAGAAGGAUAGCUACUUUGAGCCCAUCUGGGCCGAGCUCGACACGCUCCUCGACCCUUCGACCUUUAUCGGACGAGCUCCCGAGCAGGUCGACAAGUUUUUGGCCGAAUGGGUCAAGCCCGCGCUCGAGCCCUACGCCGAGUCGUUGAAGAACAUUCAGGCCGCCACGUUGAAUGUGUAG